AUGGCCUCCGAACACAACCCCUUUCGAAGGAAGUCUGCUUCCACCUCGCUCUCCAUCUCCACGCCCCAGCCAGUCUCUACAUCGGCCUUUCUCGAGUCCAUCACUUCCGGCAUCUCGAGGCAGAAUGGCCCCCCACCCCCCGAGGCCCGGCCGGCCAAGCCAAAAGUCGUGAAAAAGGUUAGGGUCCUUUCGCCGCCACCGUCGUCUCCCUCGUCCCCAGAAUCCGUACACAGCAGGGGCUUUGGACGCCAGGACGACAGCAGCGACGAAGACUCCCACGACGAAGACGACCAAUUCUCAAAGCGGUUUCCCGAGCUUCCCGGUGGCCUCCCCGAGGCUGCGCCGCUUCGCAUUGCCAACGCGAGUAAUACCCCCGACAAUCCCUUUGGCAAGACGCUACAAGAUCUGGAAGGCUUGACGGACGUGAAGCCUUCAUCUGGCGGAUCGACCAAAGCCAUGGAUGUCAACGCCUUCAAGAUGCUGUUGCUCACUGGCCAGGCUGGUGCUGGAACACCGCCCCCGCAGACAUCGGUGUCACAGGGAGACAAGGCGCCCGGUGCAUCAUACGCCGCACCUGAGCCAGAAACACCGCGGACGUCACAAGAUAUCGCGGAUCGCGGCGUUGACGACCAACGUUCUCUUCUGGCACAUUCUCCAUCCGUGAAGAAGAAGCCUCCGCCGCCUAGCUCAAGGCAUGGUAGGAAGAUUAGCGUGCAGACUUCAGGUCGUCCGCACAUCUCCUCCGAGACCGCGUCGCCCAUCUCUCCGUCUGACGUGAACAAGCCCCUUCCGCCCGCCCCAAGCAGUCACGGCGGGGAUGACACGGAAGAUGUUUUUGCCCGUGAAGCUGCUGGCAAAGUCCCGGAGCAGGAUUCCCCCACACCCAGCUCAAUACCUACCCCGGCUCUUCCGGCGACAGGCAAGAGACCGACACCUGCCCCUCCACCACGGCGGGGUCACGCACGGAGCCAGUCCUUGACAGCCAAUGCUGGGGUCAACGCUCCGAGUGUACCAAGUUACGAGGCCGACACGCCGCCUCGCUCUUCGUUGGAAUCGCAGCGCUCCAGAUCAGAAAGUUUCCGAAGCAUCAAUGCUCCGGCUCCGCCUCCACCUCGGCGCCCGCACGCAUCCCAUCGACAAUCAUUCCAACUAGCGUCGCCGUCAAGUGGUUCAUUUCACGGUGCCAGCCCAGCACCAUCUGACAUCGACACUUCUAUCCAUGCUACGGAGCAUACUCCUCCCAAAACUUCACCUCCGCCACCACCACCGGCACGGAAUACUUCCAUACGCCGGCCUCCCAGCGUAAGGAGCAUUGAAGCCCCCAGCAGGAAGAUCAGUGGAGGCAAGGAGAAUGCUCCCCCACCACCACCACCACCACCACCACGCCAGAGGGGCAGUAGUCGCGGAAGCAUGGACGGAUAUGGUAUGAGGAGGACGAGCAUCGAUAGCACUAGGGCCAUGGGCAGCAACGUUCCAGAAGAGCCCACCGCGGAGGAUGAUGCACAGCAAGAGUACGACGCAGCUAAGUCAGGCAAGGGUGCGGAUAUUCUCGCCGACCUGGAUGCUCUACAACGAGAAGUGGACGCCCUGAGGGCAGCACAGGGCAAAUAG